AACAAGCAAUAAGGUUGAUGAAAGAAUAUCAAAUAGAUGACGACAAUUUUCGAACUUGUGUUAUCAUACCAGACUCAAGUGAAGUAGAAAUAAAAACCGAUGCUACGUCACUUGAUGUGUUUGAUUGGCUAAAACAAGAAGGGAUAUGCCGAAACUUUUUAGUCGAUAAAUGUUCCUCAGAAAUGAAUUGUCAUUUGGUUCACCCACCCACAAAAUCACCAUAUCUUUGGCAGUAUAAAAAAGCAUGCAACAAUGAAGUCUGGAACAACUUUUCAAACGAAAUUAAUUCGAGCAUUGAGAAGAAAUACUGUGACCCAUCUGCUUCCCAGUUUGUAAACGGAAAUCUCCACAUAAUGUUCUCCUCUGGCAUAUCUCCUUGUGGCACAUAUGACGGAUAUAACGUCACUGUACGUCGAUUGUCCACCAUGUCAGCUGUACAGACAGCCGCGGAGGAAGCUUUUAUAUCAACUGAGUGGAAAUGGUAUUGGCAAAUGAAUGUAGAAAAGUGGGAAGAAUACAAGCACAAUGAUAAAUGUAAUCCUUUCGAGAAAGCCUACAUUAAAGGAGAUCAGCAUUGUAAUUUUUCCACCAAUCAGUUCAAGUACAAACUUUAUUUUCAAGAAAUGACACAAGAAAACCAGGACGAAAGAUACCGAACUAAACGAAAUGUGCGAAGACGACCUGUAUUUAAAGAAGCAGAGUUAAUAAGGAAGAAGUUAGCUCUUUCUGCAUUAUACCGCACACCUUCGCAUUGGCCCGUAACCUUCAAACCUGGACAAAGAAUUCCACUACAGGAUGCUGCCAUUAGCAAAAAACUGAAGGACUCGUUUGGAUUAACAAUGUCAUCUUUUCAAGUCAUCACUAUAGAAGAAAUUUGCCAUAGUGCACACUUUGCACAAUUUCAAAUAAAAAAAGAUGAGUUUUCGAAAAGGUUAACCAAUGUUAAUGAGAUGACUUUAUAUCAUGGAACUAGUCACACCGUUAUUGAUCAAAUCUGUGUUCAAAACUUUGACUGGAGAGUAUGUGGAAAGAAUGCUACUCACUUUGGUCAGGGAAGUUAUUUUUCUAAUAACGCAAGUUACAGUCAUAAAUAUUCAACAUCAGAUGCAUCAGGAAUCUUUUAUAUGUUUGUUGCUGAAGUUCUGGUUGGACAGUAUGCUAAGGGUGUUUCUUCGAUGAAGCGUCCUCCAAACUUACCAAACUCUAACGUCGAACUUUACGACAGCUGCGUUAAUGACGUAAACAAUCCAAUAAUUUUUGUCAUCUACGAAAGAGAUCAAUGUUAUCCAAGAUACCUUCUAUCAUACAGACAACGACCGUAUUUUCCUCUACCCGAUAAAUUGAUGCGUCGAUGAAAGGUCCUCCGAAUUGUCAGGUGGACCUUUACGAUACUCGUGGGUAAUGACGGCAACAAUACAAGCAUAUUAAAGAGGUCAAUGUUAUCCAAGAUGCCUACUGUCACACAGACAACGACUAAAAAUUGUUAUGUAAUGUUUUUAUAUUUUCAUCACUUAAAAUGGCAUAUCAUACAAUUUUACUCGUCUUUCACGGAACAAGCACUACUUUAUCAUGCUGGGUAGUUGUAAUAUAUAUCUUCAAAGCAACAUUUUGACACGCCAUAGCACCAAUAUUUGUUAAUCCGAAAUAUGUACUAAUUUUGCGACAAAGAUUUGCAGUAUACUAAUAACCUGAUUCAUAGUUUAAUUCGCAGGUAGUUUAUAAAAGCCAAAGAUUUUCCAGCCACGGACAAAAUUG